AUGAUACGACAACCUCAACAACUAGUGUUAUGCUUUAAACAACAACAGCAGCUUCAAAGCUCUACCUUGCGUCAAAGUUCCACACUGAACUUUAAAUCCUCGUUACCUUCGGUAAAUGGGACGUGUUUUAAACAACGCAACCAACACAAGAACUUUGUAAGCUUGAACACGCCAAUUGAAAGUCCUACAUACAAUUAUCCCAUAACAGCACUCGCGCUUCCUUGUAAGUCAACGAGGAAUUCCCGAGGAAAGUCUCCUUUUGGAAUCUAUGUUCCGAGCCAGCAUUUUACUGCUCAACGGGUGAAAUCACCUGGUUCUAUGGCAACCAAGAAGAAAACAAAGGAAAAAAUUGAUGUUACAAAGUCUGAGGUUUCUCCAGUUAAUUUAAAUGAAGAAAUUACAAAGGUUUUGGAAGUGCUUGCACGAAAUGAAAAGAGCGAAGACAACGUUUAUAAAGAGCGUGCUUAUUAUAAUGCCAUACGUACAAUCUCAUUAUACCCGCAGAAAAUUACCUCUGGAGAAGAAGCUAAACAGCUAAGGGGAAUAGGAGAAAGCAUUUCUCGAAAAAUUGACGAAAUUCUAUCAACAGGUACAUGCGAAAAAUUAACAGAGUCUAGUAGUAAUCCAACAACGCAAUUAAUGAACUUAUUUACGCGCAUUUAUGGAAUUGGGCCAGUCGCUGCUAGGAAAUUUAUCGAAAAGGGAUAUCAAUCUAUAGAUGAUCUUUCCAAAGAUCCUGACUUGACACCGAUUCAGCGUCUAGGAAUUAAAUAUUUGAAUGAUUUCGAAAUCCCGAUUCCGCGUGAAGAAAUGAUUGAACUGGAUAAAUUAGUGACUAUUACUGCACGAGAGAUUGACGAAAGAUACACUGUGACUGUUUGUGGAAGCUAUCGUCGUGGUGCGCCCGAGUCGAGUGAUAUCGACAUAGUUUUAUCACAUCCAGACUAUAUAAGUUCACUUGAAUCUGAUCCUGGAGAAUUGUUAAAGAAAUAUGUGGAUUGCUUAUCAGAAAAAGAAUUCAUUAUAGAUCACAUUUCGUCAGGAGCAGUGAAAUAUAUGGGGAUUUGUCGACUUCAAGACAAUGAAUCCCGUAUACAUCGGCGGAUCGAUAUUCGACUUUUACCAUACGACCGCUACUGGCUUGGAAUAUUCACGCUUACUGGCGACGACGAAUUUAAUAAGAAAAUGCGAAGUCGUGCCAUGGAUCUAAAUAUGCAUUUGAGUGAAUAUAUACUAGCGCGCAAAGACAAAAGUACUGGUGAAAUAAGAGAACCUAUAGAAGUACAGAACGAAGCAGACAUUUUCAGAUCACUCGGACUGAGCUAUAUAGAACCAAAAGAUCGGUCUUGGCGAAUGGUUAGAAAGAAGUAUAAAUCAGAUCAAAAAACAGAGAAAAAUGUAAACGCUGCACAGCAACCUGAAUCUUCAUCUGAUAAGAUUGGAAAAGUAAAUGAAAAUCAACGAGGGGGUUCACAGCAACCUGAAGCUUCAUCUGAUAAGCCUGGAAAAGUUAAUGAAAAGCAACGAGAGGGUUCACAGCAACCUGAAGCUUCAUCUGAUAAGAUUGGAAAAGUAAAUGAAAAUCAACGAGAGGGUUCACAGAAGCCUGAAUCUUCAUCUGAUAAGAUUGGAAAAGUAAAUGAAAAUAAACGAGAGGGUUCGCAACCUGUCAAUUCAUACCACAGAGAUUGGAUAAAAGAGGAAAUCAAAUCACAGUCGUCGUCGAAUCGCUUACUAGAAGCAACAAAGCGAAUAUUUAAAUGGCCGUGGACAGGAAUUUCUUCUCGUUAA